UCCAUAAACCUCUGGAGUAAGCUAAAUUAAUAGGAUCACACUUAUAGUGUUUUCGCAAUUUCAGCCGCAAACCAAGUGAGAACUGAACUGUCUUGGUUUGGGAAACAUUGGUCGCGACUCGCGACCAACCAGAACCUCGGCAUUUUGAAAUGAUGGCCAGUUUUUUUAACAUAGAAGACCGUCAAGACGCGGUUAAGUUAGUCUCGUUCAGUCAAGAAGACUAAUUGCACACACGGCAUGCAUAUUAUACAAGGACGCACUGGUGUGGAUGUGCGCUGCAGUGGUCGCAGCCCGAGGCCAUCGCAGGCAUCUGUCCCACGUCAAGCCAACAUAGCUAGCUUUUGUUUCUUUCCAACUUCUGGGUUUCUUGCAUUGAGAUUUGGCGCCAAACAUGUGGCAGAAAGCAAGAGCCUUAAGUAUAUAUAUAGCCCAGUUUUUCAUGUAUAUAUGCAUCCCCAUUUGGAUAGCUGUAGCUGGUAUUGCUUAGUGCAUUUACUCUACAUAGAUCAGUUUGCUCACUUUCUGCUGUGAAAGCAUCUUCAACCUCAGUACGAUUGAUCAAGCUGCAGGGGAACAUCAAUCAACAUGGAUGUCGCCGCUGUGGACAAGAAGAAGAAGGUGCUGCUGGCGGAGGGGCUGUUGCUCCCGGUGAGCAUGGUGCUGGUGCAGGCCUUCACCAUGGGAGCCCUCAUCCUGUCCAAGCUUGCCUUCAACGUCGGUAUGGCGCCUUUUGUCCUCCUCGCCUACCGCAACCUCAUCGGUGCCAUCACCGUUGCACCCUUCGCCUUCUACUUUGAGAGGGAGAUGAUGAAAAAGGUGAACUUGAAGGUAUGGGGCUGGAUCUCCAUCAACGCUUUGUUUGGAAUUGUGCUAGCAAUGGGACUGCACUACUACGGCCUGCGCGCCACCAAUGCGGCCUACACUGUCAAUUUCCUUAAUGUGAUCCCCGUUGUCACCUUUAUCAUUGCUAUAAUACUCCGAGUAGAGCGGCUGAAGAUUGCCACAUGCCCAGGCAAGAUGAAGGUCAUCGGUGCGGCGAUUUGCGUGGGGGGGACCAUGGUGAUCAGCAUGUACAAAGGCAAGCUGCUGCAUCUCUGGCCUACCCACCUGCUGAAACCGCAGCUGCAGUCGGUUGGUGCGGCAUCCUCUGUCCCUGACCACCACAACAUGCUCAUCGGCACACUGUUCUUAGCCGGCAGCUGCCUCAGCUACGCCUUCUGGUUCAUCAUACAGGUUCGAGUGUCCAAGGAGUUUCCGUCCAAGUACUUCUCGACAAUGCUGGCGUGUGUGUCGGGGACCGUGCAAGCGGUGGUGAUCGGGGUCAUGCUCGACAGGCGUCCAAUGGCAUGGGCGCUCAAUUGGAAUCUGCAGCUGCUCACCGUCGUUUACUCGGGGGUGUUCAACACUGGCAUCACCUUUUGCUUGAUCUCGUGGGCCGUGUCUCGUCGCGGGCCAAUAUAUCCUUCCAUGUUCAACUCGCUGUCACUGAUAAUCACCACGGUCCUCGAUUCGGUGCUGCUUGGCACAGAUGUCUCUGUGGGGAGCUUGCUGGGAGCGCUGCUGAUCAUCAUCGGGCUGUAUGCAUUCCUCUGGGGGAAAGGGAAGGAAACACAAGAGCAGCGCAAGCAAAGCAGAGAGGCGGCGAACGGAAACGGGAGCGCGGCAGGUAAUGGGCUGGACAGCGUGCAGGUUGGGAAGCACGAGGUGCGAAUUCGCGUGGAAGUGAGCUAGCUAAUUAUACAGACACAUAUAUAGACAGUAUUGGCGCAGAAGGCAGAUGAAAGGAGUCAAAUCAAGAUGAACAAAUCUCUGAGAUCAGAUGUAUAUACAUAUGUAUGUAUGUAUGUCUUAUGCAGACUCUUAUUUUUUCGAGAUAAGAACAACUCUAAUAGAUUCUUUAAAA